AUGAAUUCUAAAAGAUUAAUAUCCACCAAUAGCUUUUAUACAUUGCCAUCCCUGAUAACAAAUCAUUUUCGAUGGACCCAAAACACUCCCAUCCAAUCAAACAAACCUUAUGCACCUAAAGCUCCCAGCUUCUUAGCCACUGACCUCAUGAAGUCCUACUUUGAAAAGGGCUUAGUCAGAGAAGCGCGCAAUGUGUUCGACGAAAUGCUUGAGAGAGACGUUGUUGCAUGGACUGUCAUGAUUGCAGGAUAUGCAUCUUGUAACGAGCACGCGUAUGCGUGGAGUAUGUUCUGUGAUAUGGUAGCAAGUGAAAUGAACCCAAACGCAUUUACAAUAUCAAGUGUUUUAAAGGCUUGUAAAGGCAUGAAGAGUCUUUCUUGUGGGACUUUGGUUCAUGGCUUUGCUAUUAAACAUGGCAUAGAAGGGUCUAUUUUUGUGGAUAAUGCACUAAUGGAUGCGUAUGCUACUUGUUGUGUUAGCAUGAGGGAAGCAUGCUUGGUUUUUUGCGGUAUUGAAGUGAAGAAUGCUGUUUCAUGGACAACCCUGAUUGCUGGUUAUACUCAUAAAGGUGAUGGGCAUCUUGGGCUCCAAAUCUUCCGGCAAAUGUUAUUGGAGGAAGAAGAAUGCAAUCCGUAUAGUUUUUCAAUUGCAGUUAGAGCUUGUGCAUCAAUUGGUUCGCAUAACUUUGGCAAACAAAUACAUGCAGCAGUAAUUAAACAUGGCUGUGAAUUUAGUCUUCCUGUUAUGAAUUCUAUACUAGACAUGUAUUGCAGGUGUGGUCGUUUACCUGAGGCAAAUCAGUAUUUUCAUGAAAUGACUCGAAGGGAUUUGAUCACAUGGAAUACCAUAAUAGCAGGAUAUGAAAGAUCAGAUUCUAUUGAGGCCCUUUUUAUAUUUUCAGAAAUGAAGUUAAACGGUUUUGAUCCAGAUUGCAACACUUUUACCAGUGUAACAGCUGCCUGUGCUAAUCUAGCAGUUUUGAGUUGUGGACAACAGGUUCAUGGAGGUAUUAUUCAGAAAGGCCUUGACAAGGAUUUGAUAUUGGCUAAUGCCUUGAUUGAUAUGUAUGCAAAGUGUGGAAUCAUAACAGACUCGCGUAAAAUAUUUAGCGAAUUGUCUUGCAAAAAUUUAGUAUCUUGGACUUCUAUGAUGAUUGGUUAUGGGGCUCAUGGAUUUGGAAGAGAGGUGGUUGAGUUGUUUGAUGAGAUGGUCGAGUCGGGCAUCAAACCUGAUCACAUAGCGUUUAUGGCAGUUCUGAGUGCCUGCAGUCAUGCUGGACUAGUAGACCAAGGCUUGAGGUACUUCAGUUCAAUGAUGAACGAUUAUAACAUCAAACCAGAUCACGAAAUUUAUGGGUGUGUCGUGGAUUUGCUAGGUAGAGCUGGGAGAGUCGAGGAGGCAUAUCAACUUAUACAGAGUAUGCAAUUCAUCCCCGAUGAAUCUGUUUGGUGUGCACUUCUUGGUGCUUGUAAAGCACAUGGAACUCCAAAUUUGGGCAAGAUGGCAGCUGGGCAAGUAUUGGACUUGAGGCCAAAAUUGGUAGGGACUUAUGUGACGCUGUCAAAUAUAUACGCAGCUGAAGGGAAGUGGGGGGAAUUCGCAAGAGUGAGGAAGUUGAUGAAGGGAAUGGGAAAUAAAAAAGAAGUUGGGAGGAGUUGGAUCGAGGUUAGAGACCAGGUUUAUAGUUUUGUUGUGGGAGAUAAAGUGGGUCCAGAGUGGGUAUAUGAAGUCUUGGAAUGGUUGAUUCUGCAUAUGAAUGAAGCAGAUUGCGUGCCUGAUAUAGAUUGUUUAUUACAUGACCUGGAAGAUGGGACUUGAAUUGAAGUUGAUAAAAGCAAAGAAAGUGAAUUUGAAGGCUCCCAGAAAAUGGGCUGCUUCACGAGUAGGAAAAGAAAAUUUUGAUUUAAGAGUAGUUAAAUUCUUGCUAAGAAGCUCAUCUUAAUCUAGGUAGAUCAGGAAAUAGUUUACACCAUUGACUGCACAAGACAUGUUGCAAAGUAACUGCUACCAAAUUUUUGGUGACUUUAGCACAUUCUUUAGUGGAAAUAUAUAAUUUGGACUUCAAUCACAAAUGUAACCACUAAUGAUUCCACCAUUUCUCUAUAGAAAUAUACUAGUUGAGAUGGAUUGCUUUA